AUGACCGAUAAGCCUGCCCUCUCUCGUUCCGCCGCCUCCUGCGAGAUGGUGGACUCACAGAAGUCAAGAAUCGCCCUCCAGAACCGUCACUGCCGACGCCGCCACGCCGAGCAUCGUGGCCACGACAACAACAAGUCUGGUCCUAUUCGCGAGAAGAGGACACAGUGCUGGCACUCCGUCGCCGGUUCCCUUCCGGCCGAUGAGCCUUGCGUCAACCAGCCCGCGAGGACCGACCGAGACCGCCGGGAAGUGCCACUUACCAUCACUAAGAGAAGUAUACUUGCUGAGAUACAACGCUUAUUUGAUCCACUUGGUUGGAUAGCACCUGCCUUGUUACCUGGAAAACUAAUAAUACAAAGACUAUGGUUGAAAAGACUUACCUGGGAUGAAGAAGUGGACUCUGAAACUAAAAGAGAUUGGUUAGAGAUGAGAAACAACUUAAAUUAUUUAAAGGAAAUUAAAAUACCACGCUGGUUACUUAUUACUAGUGGUGUCAUAGAAGAUGUGUCAAUACAUGGAUUUUGUGAUGCAUCAACAAUUGCAUAUGGAGCAGUUGCUUACCUGAGAGUCAAAACUUACAAUAAUGAAUAUAAAAGUAUGCUGAUAGCAGCGAGGACUAGAGUCGCACCUGUUAAACCAGUCUCACUGCCCCGUUUGGAACUGUGCGGUGCAGUGUUAUUAUCAAAUCUCUUGAAACACAUCAGUUGUGCUACACGGAUACCAAGGAAACAAAUCUUUGCUUGGACAGAUUCUACCAUAGUACUAUCAUGGCUUACUGGAGACCCGACAAGAUGGCAAACAUUCGUGAGAAAUCGUGUAGUAACAGUGCUUGACAAUAUUGGAAAUGCAUGGUAUCAUGUACAGUCUCAAGACAACCCUGCAGACAUAGCAUCAAGAGGAAUGCUUCUUUCAGAUCUCAAAGAAUUUAGUUUAUGGUGGAACGGCCCUAAAUGGCUCACCCAUGAAGAAAUAUUGAUGUCUCGCGGAGAUAAUAUUUCUACUGACCUAGAGUUGAGAAGAACAAUUAUCAAUACAAACAUAAAAAUGGACAAUAAUCAUAAUGAAGGAAAUUAUAUACACAAUCAAUUUGAAAACUUUAACAACUUGAUGGAACUACAAAGAACUAUUGUGUACUGCAAAAAAUUCUUGAAUUUUAAACGAAGUAGCGAUAACAUUAGUACGAAGUGCUUCAGCCCACUGGAGUUAACAGAGGCUCUUGAAACAUGUGUGCGUUUAGCACAGCAUAAUGAUUUUGAACAUGAAAUCCACGAUUUGCUACAAGGGACUGGAGUAAGUAAUAGAAGUGUACUGAAGAAUCUCAAUCCUUAUCUAGACAAGAAAGGUCUUCUCAGAGUAGGCGGUCGAUUACGAAAUGCGGAAAUGGAAAAUGACGCUAAAUAUCCUAUGAUCAUAAGUCAUAAGAACCCCAUUGCAACAUUGAUAGUUAGUGAUGCACACUUGAAGACACUUCAUGGAGGACUCCAACUCACAAUGAAUUUUGUUAGAUCAAGAUUCUGGAUCAUAAGAGUAAAAUCAUUAAUAUCAGCUACAAUACAUAAAUGUUUAAUAUGUGCAAAGCAGAAGGCUAAGGUCCGACACCAACUCAUGGGAGACUUACCUGCAGCACGAGUAACACCCACUCGUCCAUUCCUACACUCAGGAGUAGAUUUUGCAGGCCCACUACAGAUUCUGGUUUCCAGAGGAAGAGGCAUGAAAUGCACUAAGGGAUACAUAUGUAUAUUUAUAUGCAUGUCAACUAAAGCAAUCCACUUGGAACUGGUUGGAGAUUUAAGCACCGAGUCAUUUUUAGGAUGUUUUAGAAGAUUUGUUGCCAGAAGAGGUCGAUGCUCCCACAUUUGGAGUGAUCAAGGUACAAACUUUGUAGGAGCCAGUAAAGAAUUAGCUAAAAUGUGGCAAGAAGCAAAAUUAAGUAUACCUGAAGAUUUAAUAAACAUUUUAGCUGAAGAUGGAACCCAUUGGCACUUUAACCCACCUUAUAGCCCAAAUUUUGGAGGUUUAUGGGAAGCUGGGGUGAAAUCUAUAAAAUAUCACUUAAGAAGAAUUCUUGAUAGAACACUUACCUUUGAAGAGAUGUCCACCACACUGUGCCAGAUUGAAGCCUGCUUAAACUCACGGCCACUAUGUCCAAUAGAUCAUAAUGAUAUUGACAAUUUAAAUGUACUUACUCCUGGACACUUCCUCAUUGGAGAAGCUCCAAUCAAUGUACCUGAACCAGAUCUUAGCCAAUCGCACCGACACGCUCUCCGCGCCGGUGCGGCCGUGCGCUGCGGCCGUCUCGCUCGCACGCGCGCCUGCUGCCGCCGCGUGCGAGCGGGACGGCACGAGCACGGCGCGCGCGGUCGCUGCACCGACUAA